AAAGUGCAGAAAAUAGGCCGAGCAUAUAUUCCCAUUCACAUUUAGGUUUAGAUCCAUCAAAAUCAAGAAUAACAAGAACUUGGAAGGAAGUACAGACAUUCGCACCAUUAAAUCUUCCUCAAGCUUCUUUAUUUCUUCCUUGUGCUCUUGUUUUUUCCUUUCCCUAAAGGCUUUGAACAGCUCCUCACAAAAGGCCUUGUAUUCUUUGAGUUGAAACUGCAUUUACAAUUAAAACAGAAGACAUGAGUAUUUUUUAGGAAUAUAAUUCAAGUAAACAUCAAUCAUUCAGAACAAUAUACAUUCAAUCAUUAAUUUGAAAUAAUUUUUUUUUCCCACAAAUAAAAUUACAGAGAAAUAAACUCAUCAAUUAUUAUAACACAAAUUAAUAAACAGAUCCUAAACAGUAGGACCUAUAGAAAAUACUCAAAAUAACAUACAAGAAAACUGCACCCGUAAGCAGUUUCUGGAGAAAAAGUUAGCUGCAACCCUAGGCCAGGAGAGUAAGAGGGAAGGCGGAAAAUCAGCAGCAAGCUCAAGGGCUCAUCACCUAGACAUAGGCACUUCCUUUUUAUUUUAUUUAUUUAUUUUAUCAGCUCAUGGGAGCUUCGUUUAAGCCUGUACGUCACUACCUCAUCCUUCAGUCGGCUUGUAAUUUUAAAGCAGAAUGGACAUAUAGGAGAAUAAUUAUGGAGGGAUUACUGCACAAUAGUGCCGAUCCACAUCCUUGAAAUGAGAUGGACAAACAAAAAGACUUGAAAACCAUAUAUAUGUAUAGAAGAAAUGGGGCAACAUUUGAAACUCCAAGGCAGGGUACGGAGAUUCCACUCAAACCAGCACCAUAGCCAAACAUCAACAACAUAUUCUGUAUACACACAAUCAAGUCAUAUGCUAACAUGAUAGGAAAACCAUACUACUAUCACUAAAGUAGCUCCCACACCACUUCUUUUAUAGUCAUCAGCCAAAGACUAACUUAAGAGAAAUUGAAUGUAAGCUGAGUGAAAAGCAUGGAUAUGUAUAUGUAUAUGCUUCUAAUGAUGAUUUAUGUUAUAAACAGAUCAUGUUAUGCAUGAUCUUGUACAUCUGUAGGCGAGGGUUAUGUUUUGGUUUAACAAUGUUCUAGAUCUCUAAAGAGAAUAGCGGACCUCUAUGCAGUGGGGAUGUAUUGAGACUAGCUUCAUUCCUAGAGUGUGAGUACAUGCACACUAGUGGACAGUGGACUCCAUAGCCAUUUAGUUUAUACUUAUUGAUUGUUUUUGGUGUUUAUGUGUGCACUCUUUUUAUUAAAGUCUCAUUUAUAUUAAGACUAAUCCUGCAUGCUAUACCUAAUUAUGAAAUGCAUGAUAAACUAUUUUGUUGAUGUUCACCAUGUCAUGUUUAACUUCUGUUUAUGCAUAAUUUUUGUAUGAAAUGCUUAUGCUACCUGUCAUCACUUAGUCUGUACAUUGCUAAUUAUCUAAAUUAUGCAUAAAUGAAAUUUUUCAUGAGUGUUUCUAUUGCUCUUCUAAAUUCAGUAGAUUGUUUUCAGCCAGUAUUGCCAAAAGCUUGCUUAGGCAAGUGCCAGGCAAUGCUCUACCGGCUUGCCUUGGCCCUAGGCAGUAGAGUUUGGCUUUUCUUCUAUAUUUUUGGAUUUUCCAUUCUAUUUUGGUAUUUUUUGCAGAAAAAAUAAGAAAGCCUAGAGCGCUUAACAGCACUUUG